UAAUUAUGUCUUGCAUUAUGAAUAAAAAUAUUGACUUGUCAAAAAAGGCUACAAAUAAUAGCAUGUGUCCUGUCAAUGAUUUAAGAGCUGUAUACUUAUAAUGCUCACAUUGUCAAGGACUAGAUUCAGGGUUCUUGUUAAAGAAAAUAUGGGGAGUGGUUGGAGUUGGAAGAAGUGAACAAAUUCUACACAAGUUGGUGUGGUCAUCAAUGACGUAGCAGUUGACUCCAAAAUCCAAAAUGUCAAGAACUUUGAAUUCAGACCAAAGUCGGCAUUGUAAGAAAGACUUGCUUAUCAAGAAAACGGAAUGUAAUUUAAGGUGAGUUUUUCCUAUAAAGAUGGAUAGACAUGAAUACAAUUUACAUCACCUUUUUUUGUUGAGUGCAAAGUCUAAGUCCAGAAUGGCAGAAGAAGUUAAGCUACUUGGCGCCUGGGCAAGUCCAUUUAGUCACAGAAUAGAACUAGCUCUUAAGCUAAAAGGGAUACAGUAUGAAUAUAUUGAAGAAGACCUCUCUAACAAGAGUCCUUUGCUUCUCAGUACCAAUCCAGUUCACAAAAAAAUCCCUGUGUUGAUACAUAAUGGAAAACCAAUCGCAGAAUCACUUGUCAUUCUUGAAUACAUUGAAGAAACCUGGCAAAGUAAUCCCAUCUUGCCUAAAGACCCUUAUGAUCGAGCCGUAGCUCGUUUUUGGGCUAAAUUCGUAGACGAAAAGAUCUUGCAAACUGCAAGCAAAUUCAGAUCAGCAAAAGAGGAGGAAAAACUGCAAAUCUUUGAGGAACUUGGUCAGCAUCUUAAGGUUCUCGAGAAUGAGUUAAGGGGAAGGGAAUUUUUCGGAGGAGAAAGCAUUGGCUUUGUAGAUAUUGUUAUAUUUUUUAUAGUCCAUUGGUUCCAACUCCGCCAAGAAGUUAUGCAGAUAGAGUUUAUCAGUAAUGAGAAAUUUCCAGUCUUAUGCAAAUACCUGGAAAAGCUUCAUGAAAUUGAUGUGGUGAAGGAAUCCUUGCCUCCAAAAGAGAAGCAUUUAGCUUUUGUUAGAGACUUUUUAGAGGCUGCCAAAUCUUCCUCCAAAUAAAAGGGUAUCAUAUUUUAGUCUCAUUUAUUUAGUCACAUUUAUUAUAAGAGUUUUCCCAAUAAAGGACUAUACUUAGUGGUAGAGAAAUAAUAAAUAUUACAAGAAAAUCUUACCCAAAAGUGGGUUAUCAAUUUGUACUUGUUUUUAAUUUAAUCAAAUAUUUUAGCUCUGUGCAAUUAGUUGAA